AUGAGGGAUUCAAAUGUAAGAAAAUAUAGAAAUGGAGAUUUGCGAACUUCGUCAUCGAGCUGGCCUCCGUCAACCCCCGUCCUCUUCAUCUUCACCGGCCGCAACACCGUCCCCACCAACCUACUCGCCUACAUCGUCUUCGUGACUGUCGACCACGGACACGGCACCAAGAUUGACAUUGAGCGCGGCACCUUUGUGUUCCCUAGCAUUCUCAUCGACACGUCGUUCACCUCGACCCAACCGUCGCCCUUUUGGGUGCGGGACGACCCUUCCGGGAAGGAGGCUCCUCGUUCUCCACCUCCUCCUCGUCUUCGUCUCAGUUCCUCAUUCUUCUUUCUGGUGCUCUAG